AUGCACGUGUCCGCCAAGAAAUCACCUGCCGCCAUCGUGGGCGCUAAUGCAUGGAUAUCACACACCAUGUAUAAACAAGCAAAGUUAGAUGCAAUGUUCUCGUCUCCUCCCGUUUCAGCUACCGCCCAGCCUCGCUAUGUGGAGAAUAUGUCCCAAUGCUGUGCAUCUCGCCUAUACCUCUACCAUUUUCUUCUUGCAGUCCUCCCCGUUUACAGGAGAUAUACCGCACCACGCCUCACGGACAUUCCAGCGACCAUCGCGCUUUCAACGAUGCCCUUGGGUCUUCACAUACUUUAUUCCCACGAGGCCCCUCUUCCUGGAACAGACCCAGACGAGAAUACCACUGCCGUCGAUAUCGUUGCAGUGCAUGGCUUAGACGAAAAUUCAACGAGCGCUUGGACCCACCAUGAAGGCAUCUUGUGGCUUAGAGAUCUGCUGCCAAAGAAUAUUCAUAAUGCGAGGGUACUUACGUUCGACUACAACUCCAAUCCUUUUCUUUUUGUUGGAUCAAGUUUCAUGGACAAAGUUCAGGGUCAUGCGACGACGUUAGUGGCAGAUUUGGAGGCUGAAAGGAGUCUGACAAAUGCUUCACGGCGGCCUCUCAUUUUUGUCUGCCAUGGGCUCGGGGGCAUCAUCGUCAAAUGUGCGCUCGUCCAUUCCGCAAGUCGGACUUCUCAUCAAACGUCACACCUCAAUUCCAUCUAUGUUUCAACCUUCGCCAUCGUGUUAUUUGGUACGCCACAUGAUCACAUCGACGUUGGAAGAUGGCUGGCUUUGCGUGCGCCGACCUUGACAGAGCAGGAUCCAAAAGCACUUGCAAACAUGUCGGACGGUGGUAACGAGCCACCAAUAACUGUGCAUGCUUUGGAGGUUGUCACGAACCAAUUCGCUCCACUCAUGAAGAAAAUUCAUUUGUAUCUGUUCUGGGAAGGUUUAGCAACAGGUCUCCCAAACGGUGUUGAUUUUAUGGUUGAGCCAUCAUCUGCUGCUCCUCAUAUGUACGACACCGAAAGAUGCGGAAUUAUGGCGUCCAAUCACUCUGAUAUGGUCAAAUUUCGUCAAACCGACUCUGCUUAUCGGACUGUAAUAUCUGCUUUGAUGAAAUAUUGCCAUUCAGCGCCGGAGAUAAUCGCUUACCGAUGGAAAGAAGCAAUGGAAUCUCUGGUGCGCAUGCGGAGGAAUGAAGCUUCGGAGUUAACGGGCCUGUUUCUUGAUAUCCCUGACAAGACUCCGGUUUUCACGGAUAGCAGGAAUGAACCAGCGCUGGCCGUAUUGCAAAACGAGCAUUUCAACCCACCAUGCGCUGUCUCUAUUGAUUUUAUAGGCCAGGUCGAAAUCAUGGGAGCAUUGCAAGAAGGGUUCGAGCCCGAACGAAGUGCCUCACUGGUAGGAAAACAGAAGCGGUUUGUUCUUUAUGGAAUUGGUGGCUCUGGUAAGACACAGCUAUCCGCGAAAUAUGCCCAAGACAACCGCAAAUACUAUUGGGCAGUCUUCACCAUUGAUGCUUCAUCUCAUCAAACUGCGAAAGAGUCCUUCUGCAAAAUAGGAAGAAUUGGAGGCCUCGAAUCCACUGAAGAAUCUGGCAAACAUUUCCUCUCCCAGGCGAGAAGCCCCUGGCUCCUCAUUAUCGACAACGCAGACAGCCCUGAUCUAAGGUUUGAACGUCUCACUGUACCUGGUGAAAGAGGUCAUAUCCUCGUCACCACAAGAAAUCCCAGCCUCCGAAGGCUAGGCAACGUUGGAAGUGUAGAGGUCAAAGGGCUUAAUGAGCGAGAAGCUUUCCAGCUACUCAUGAAAGUUGCGGAUAUCAUUCCUCCAUGGGACCUGUCUACAGAAACAGCAGGAAUCGAGAUCACCAAAACUUUAGGCUACCUAGCCCUCGCUGUCAUUCAAGCUGGAAACACGAUUUACAACAAAUUGUGCAAUAUAACGGAAUAUCUCAGGUUCUUUCAACUCUUCUUGGAGAACCGGCGCAGAAAGAAACCACGAUGUUCAGCUGAAGGUUCCGUCAUGCGCGAUGCCGAAAACGACGACAUCUUCACGGCUUUCGACGUUUCCUUUCAAAAUAUUGCGACCAGAAACACCAUUCCAAGCCAAGAUGCAGUCGAAAUCCUCAAUAUUGUGAGCUUCUAUCACUUCGAUUCUGUGCCAGUCGACAUCUUCGAAAGAGGCAUGGGCCUAGAGCGAGAGCAGUUGCGCCAAACUACAGCUAGAUCGUUUCGAGCAAAAUUCACCAAUGCUCUUGUCUAUCGCUUGAGACCACCUCGGACACUUCCUAGAAUCCUGAGGCAAAGUGGCGAUAGCAUGCAUCCAUUAUGCAUCAGGGAAGCUCUACGCGAGUUGUACGCAACUUCCCUGAUAACUUACGGGAAAGAUGAGCAAAGCUUCUCGUUGCAUCCCUUAGUUCAUGCCUGGGCAAAAGAUCGCAUUCCGAUGAAAGAGAGGAGUCUGUGGGCAGUGAUCUCUUUCCACACCCUUAUGGCGUCUAUUGAGCUCUUCCCGAAGGACGCCGGAGGAGCUGACUCUAAUUUUCGGAGGAGCUUAAUUCCUCACCUCAACUCAUGCCUCGAAGCCUGUCCAAUCGAGUUCAGGGAAUUCCACAGUCUAAAGGUUGGGAAAUAUCAACGAUUCAUGUUGGUCCUACAGCCGACUUUAGUGUUCACUCUACGAGAGAUGAUCCAAGAAGCCGCGAAGUGUGGGGCCCUGUACGCUCAGACAGGUGACUUUGCGAGGUCUGCAUACCACCUCUCUCUAGCAAAAGACGCGUUAGUUAUGCUUGUGGGGCUUGACAAUGCAAGAACGAUGGCUGCCAUGUUAGGACUCGCAAGUGUCCUGUGGGGCUUGGGCCGCUUGAGAGAAGCCAUAGUCUUGCAAGAACAGGUGGUUAAGUCGCGGCUGAAGGUUUUAGGACCAAAUCACCGUGAAACUCUACAAGCUAUGGACUCCCUGGGUCAGUCCUUCUGGCUCAAUGGGCAAUACUGUGAAGCCAUUCAACUUCAGCAACAGACUGCGGAAACAAUGCGCAUGUUCCUUGGUGAGGAAGACGAUGACACGCUCAAAGCACUAGACCAUUUGGGUGUCACACUAGGUUCUUGGCACAGGUUUGCAGAGAGCAGAGACAUCCAUCAGAACGUCUUGACUAUUCGGUUGAGAACUCUGGAACAGAGCGACUUGAGGGUCCUCGAAACGAAGAGCAAUUUGGCAAUGGCUUUCCUUGACCUUAAAGAGUUCCGUGUGGCAAAAGAUUUAAUGGAGGAUGUCUAUAAUCGUCGCAAGGCCCAGAUGGGCAAGGAACACCCUUACACGCUUUGGGCACUCUGUUAUCUGUCGAAGAUAUACAUUGAAGAGGGUGAAUUGCAGAGGGCCGAGGAAACAUUGGUUGAAGGAAUUGCCGCUGGAAAACGGAGCCUCGGUGAACAUCAUCUUGGGGUUUUGGUUGGCUGUGGAGAGCUUGCUCGGGCUUAUGCGCGCCAAGGUCGUCUAGACGAAGCUGAGGCACUGACUCUUGAGACUGUCAGCAAGGUCAAACUUUCUCGAGGCGAAGAGCAUCCUGACUACGCUACUGGAAUGUGGAAAUUAGGACAGCUGUUGGAGAUGAACGAAGAGCAAUUGAAGGCGAUCAGUGCCUAUCGAACUGCUUUGACAGCUACGGAGACGAGACUAACAGCAAAGCACCCUCUUUACAAAAUUAUCUCAGAUCGCAUUGCAUUUCUAUCGCACAACUCUCACGACGAGGAGCUCAAAGAGGCUGAUAUACCAAAUGUCUCAGCCACAAGUGGCGUUGACACGCUGAUCAAGCCUUUGCAGCCUACGCAAACAUGGUGA